GUAGAAAAAUUAGAAAAACUUCCAAUAUCCAAAAACAUUACUCAACUUAGAGCAUUUAUAAAACUAGCUUUCUAUUAUAGAAUAUUUAUCAAAGAAUUUGCUAAAAAGGCUAUGCCUUUACAUAAACUAUUACAAAAGGAUAUAGAAUUUAUUUGGACCAAUGAAUAUGAAGAAAUAUUUAAUUGGCUUAAACAACAAUUAAUUACUCUAAUAUCCUGA